AUGAUCAACUAUGUGGAUGCGCGCACAGCCUGGAUGGAUGACAUUGUGGUCAUCAUUGCUGCCGGUUACUGCACGCGCGCAUACCGCCUCAAGCUUGGCAACACAGCGUUCUUCGAGGUGGAUCUUCCUCAGGUGUCUGAGAAGAAGAUAGCGCUGGUGGACGCUGUCAUCCCCGACAAGGCAAAGUACCCUCGCCCCGCUUAUGUGGCGGCUGACCUGGCGGUGACGCCAUUGAAGGAGGCUCUGACAGCCAAGGAAUUUGACGCAAGCAAGCCCACCCUGUUCACCUGCGAGGGAAUCUUGUGCUACCUCCCCCAGGAAGCUGUGGACGGCCUGAUCAGGCAGGUGAGUGAGCUGGCGGCCCCCGGCAGCCGCAUCUGCAUGGACAUGAUCGACCGGGCCUACCUGGACGGCACCGUCAAGAACCGCGGCUUCUCCUGCGGAUCCAAGGCCCUGGAGGCGCGGGGAGAGCCGCUGCUGUCCAGCUUUGAAACCACGACAGAGGGCGUCUCGCGCUACUUCAAGCCCCACGGGUGGCAGCUCCUUGAGCUUCUGGGCCCCCAGGAGAUGGCCCAGAAGUGGAUGCCUCACCUCAAGUGGAGCGAGCGCCGGCCGCCCAUGCUUGUGUUCGAGCACUACAGCCUGCUGCAGAAGGGCGUUCCCUACCCUCUGCCAGCUGUCAAUGCUGAGUCACCACCCUCUGCUGAGUCAGCACCUGCCGUGCAGCAACCCCCUGCGCCAGAACAGGCCGCCGCUCCAGCUCCCCAGGAAGCUGCGCCUGUCGCGGAGGCAGCUGCCCCGGCCGAGAAGCCAGAGUAAGCUAUUGCGCAUGCAGCUGCAACAUGCAAGGCGCUGCAAGGGCGUUCAUAUUUCAUAUAUUCAUUUUACAGCCCCUGAUGAGCUACAAGGGGUGCUGUGGACAGCAGAAGGAACGUCAGCCCAGGAAAAGUGCAAGGGCGCCUGCUUGCUUUGGGCGUUUGGGAAUAUGAGAUUGGAGUGCUUUGAGCACCCAGGACUAUGUGGCAGCAGGAAUCUUUGUACGCGAUGGAAUUCAUGCUGGUGGAAUUACUCAAAACCUGCCACAAUGGAUGACCAAAGUCAGAAUAAUAAUAUAAUACUCAGUGGGACUGGUAGGUUGAUCACAAGACGAACCAACGGAAACAAUGGACUUUGUUUUAAAGUGUAUCUGAGGUACAGGCACUUCGUAAUCAAGGAUAGAAAGUUGCUCUGUGGCUUACAAGGAUGAGAAAACAACCAGUUUGAGACUUUUCUCUGCAAGUCGUUUAGUGGUUGAAUUUGAUUACGACGUCAAGAU